AGAUAUAUUUGGGUGCGAGCUGGUUAUGCGCAUAGAUGGUAUGCCAGCGGUUGUGUUAACAAGUUACAGUCAAUCGAGAUGCUACUUGCCCUUCGAUUGUCGGCCACGAGCUCUGGUGCUGCACUUGCUGCUUCUGUUAUUAUUUCUUCCAACCGCUCAAUCUCUAACUUAUUUUGUGGGAACUUCCUCUAAACAAAUGGGUUCUGGUAUUGGACCAGAAGAACCAUUUCUUUCACAAGAAGACAAACAAACGAUUGUUUUAUUCUGUCGUGCCGCUUUAUCGAAUCCGCAUGCACGUGAGAAAAGAAAAAGCGUUUCUUCUUUUGAGAUGCGCCACACUUCUCGUUGUUAAUCUUCAACCAAAAACGAUCUCGCUCUUCUUCCAGGCCGUAUUCGCAUCCACACCAACUGCUUAGUCGAUAGCCGUGCGUUCGAUUGAAUGGAUAAAGAUUAUUUGCC